UUCUCUCGGCCGGCUUAGGGUUUCUUCUGCGCGUCGCUUCCACCCAAGCUUCUCCGCCGCCGUCGCCGCCGCCGCCAUGGGUCGUAUGCACAGUCGCGGAAAGGGUAUAUCCUCGUCGGCGCUACCGUACAAGAGGACUCCGCCGAGUUGGCUCAAGAUCUCUGCUGCAGAAGUGGAGGAAAGCAUCUGCAAGUUUUCUAAGAAGGGGCUGACUCCGUCGCAGAUUGGUGUUAUUCUUCGUGACUCUCAUGGCAUCGCCCAGGUCAAGAGUGUCACCGGGAACAAGAUCCUCCGGAUCCUCAAGGCCCACGGUCUUCAACCGGGGAUUCCGGAAGAUCUGUAUUUUCUGAUUAAGAAGGCUGUGGCAAUCAGGAAGCACUUGGAGAGAAACAAGAAGGACAAGGAUUCCAAGUUCAGGCUGAUCCUUGUGGAGAGCAGGAUCCACCGCCUGACCCGAUACUACAAGAGGACCAAGCAGGUUCCUGCAACCUAUAAAUAUGUCUCCGGAUCUGCUGCUGAAACGAUGGUGGCUUAGGACCUGACCAUGUUCAGGUUACCAGCGGUCAAUAGGCUGAUGGGCCCAAAAGCUUAUUGGAGAAGUAAAAUAUAGUUUAGUAUGAACCUUUGAAAUUAUCUUUUUGAUGCAACUAUUUGCUUGUGUUUCAGCUAGCUGGACAAUGUGCCUUUCAUACGAGUACUUGUGUUCUUUUAAACUUGUGGCAUCAGGUUUUUUAAUGAGGACAAUUUUUGCAUCACCAGCCAGCUAUCUUUCAUGCAUGUUUUGUC